AUGUGGACACGACACAGAGGGGCAUCGGUUUUGGCACUAGAAGACUGUCAAGAGGACAAUUUCUGCAUUACGGUUGAUGAGGAAGUAAAAGGGGAGGUUGGACUCUGUGUUGUGAUACAAUGUUCUUACAGAACCGAGGAAAACUUUAUAACCCAGCAUAUUAUUUGGUACAAAGAAAACAGAAGAAACCCUAAACCAGUUACUGUAUUUCACACUGACAAAACUGAAAAAAUUGAGGCUGGGUAUAAAGGAAGAGUAUCACUGUUGGAGCCUGAUGUGAAUCGGGCAAACUGCAGCAUCAUGAUCAAUGAUCUGACUGAGUCUGAUUCUGGAUCCUAUCACCUCAGAGUUGAGCGUCAAUCAGAUGGAUUUUCAUACACAGAGAAAACGACUUCUGUUAUCAUCAAAGAACUGAGCCAGAAGCCAAAAAUGCUGAUUCCUCCACUGACUGAGGGACAACAGGCCACUCUGACCUGCACUGCUCCUGGUCUCUGCUCUGGGUCUCGUCCUAACUUCACCUGGAUAUGGAGUGGAAAAGGAGAGAAGGACUCUCACAUCACAGGAAACACCACUUCUUUUAACACUGAGAAUCUGACUGCUGUCACACAGAGACACAGCUCAACUCUGACAUUUGCACCUUCGGCCAAACACCACGACACUGAACUCACCUGUAAGGUCCGCUUCAUUGUUGACACAGAUCCACAGGAAACAGAAACUCUGAUGGUGACAUAUGUAAGAAAACCUCAGAUCCUCGGCAGAACCACUGUUAAGGAGGGAAAUAAUCUUAACCUGACCUGCAGUGUUGACAGCUACCCUACCUCAGAUGUCAAGUUCUCAAGAAAAUUAAACAGCAGCGUUAAAGGUGUCCUGCAAAAAGGAAAUGGAUUUGCCUCUUAUCGCGUCGCUAAUGUGACAACAGAAGAUGCCGGGCUUUACAUCUGCACAGCAAAACACCUGAACAACACUCUGACAGAAGAAAUUAAUGUAGAAGUGACUUGGUUUUCAGGGAUCCUAAAUGGCUCUGGGUGUGUCCUUCGGUCCGAGCUGACCUGUGUGUGUAUCAGUGAGGGGUUCCCUCUACCCACCAUCAACUGGUCGCUGCCAAUGAGCUACACGGCGCACUCUGUCACCGACACAGUGUCAGACCAGGCUGUCAUUAGCGCUGUCACGCUAACCAUUAAAAGCCAUGAAAACAUCAGCGUUGAAUGUUUCAGCAGCAACGGAAACGGAGAAGCAAAGGAAAAACUCAGAGUUGUAAAGUACUUAUCAGAUUAG